ACACCCAUACCCAUACCCACCAACCUCCAUUUUCACAUCGUAUUGUUCUAAUCUCCUACUUCAUUUCUCUCUCUCCCUUCUUUCUCUUUGUGUGUUCAGCAAACUGAUCUGCAGUUUUUAAUGGAAGCUCCUCCGACGGAAUUCAUCUUCCGGUCGAGGCUCCCCGACAUUUACAUUCCAACCCACCUUCCUCUCCACUCCUACGUCUUUGAGAACAUAUCUCAGGUCAAAGAUCGACCCUGCCUUAUCAACGGCGACACCGGCGAGAUCUUUACCUAUGCCGACGUUGAGCUCACCGCCCGCCGUGUCGCCGCUGGACUCAGCAAAAUCGGCAUCCGACAAGGUGAUGUCAUCAUGCUGGUGCUCCGGAACUGUCCCCAGUUCGCUAUGGCCUUCCUGGGAGCCUCCUUCGCCGGCGCGGCGGUAACCACCGCGAACCCCUUAUUCACUCCGGCCGAGCUGGCAAAACAAGCCACGGCGUCCAAGUCGAAGCUGAUCAUAACCCAAGCGGCUUUCGUUGAGAAAAUCAAGGAUUUCGCGGGUACACAUGGCGUUUCGCUCAUGUGCAUUGAUUCUACUUUUCCAGAAAAGGAAGGUAUUUUACAUUUCUCUCAACUCACCCAAGCCAACGAAGCUGAUAUGCCGGCCGUCAAGAUCAGCCCUGACGACGUCGUGGCACUGCCGUAUUCCUCCGGCACCUCCGGCGUCCCGAAGGGUGUGAUGCUAACGCACAAGAAUCUGGUAACCUUCGGCGCUCAGCUCGUGGACGGCGAAAACCCGAAUCAGUACACCACCAGCGACGACUUGCAUAUCUGUGUGCUUCCAUUGUUCCAUAUCUAUGCGCUUAACUCCAUUCUGCUCUGUUGUAUCCGAGCCGGAGCAGCCAUUCUGAUCGUGAGCAAAUACGACGUCACCACGCUGUUGAGGAUGAUCGAGACUUACAAGGUGACGAUGGCCUCGUUCGUGCCUCCCAUCCUAUUGAACAUCGUGAAGAGUGAGGAAGUUGAUCGGUACGACCUGUCGUCCAUUAGGAUGAUCGUCACGGGAGCAGCGCCGGUGAGCAUGGAGCUACAAGAAGCUCUGAGGGCUAAGCUUCCACACGCCGUGCUCGGACAGGGAUAUGGGAUGACGGAGGGUGGCCCUAUAUCGAUAAGCCUGGCGUUUGCGAAGGAGCCGGCGGAGAUGAAACCGGGUGCGUGCGGGUGCUUGAUAAGGAACGCAGAGAUGAAGAUCGUGGACAUUGAGACGGGAGCUUCGCUUCCAAGAAACAAAGCUGGUGAAAUCUGCAUCAGAGGAAAUCAAGUUAUGAAAGGGUACUUAAACGACCCGGAGGCGACGAAAACGACGAUAGACCCAGAAGGAUGGCUUCACACGGGGGACAUAGGAUACGUAGACGACGAUGGGGAAGUGUUCAUUGUGGACCGUUUGAAGGAGAUCAUCAAAUACAAAGGCUUCCAGGUGGCUCCUGCUGAGCUGGAGGCUCUCCUCGUCUCCCACCCGUUCAUCUCUGAUGCUGCCGUUGUUCCGAUGAAAGAUGAGGCUGCGGGAGAGCUUCCAGUGGCAUUUGUGGUGAGGUCAAACGGUUCUGAGAUCUCUGAGGAUGACAUUAAACAAUUCAUUUCUCAACAGGUGGUGUAUUACAAGAGAAUCCACAAGGUUAUUUUCACAGACACUAUUCCUAAAGCAGCCUCUGGCAAAAUUCUGCGGAAGGAUUUAAAAGCAAGGCUGCCAUCAGAUCUGGACAAUUAAUUAAUUAACCUAAUCCCACUGCAAAUCAAAUAAGGAUUUAAAAAAAUCAAGCCAUGUGUAUGAGUUUUUAAUAUAUUAUUAGCAGUUAUAUAUUGUUUAAUGUUUUCAUUUGCUUUUGUAUAUGAGAGUUUGUUGCCAUAAAUGCAAUUGGACAUAUAAUGCAAAUUAAAGUGCACACUUGAAUAAAUUGUAUUAAAAGAUACUUUA